AAAAAAAGCCUUCUUCCGCUAGUUCGUUAUCCCGGUAUCUCGCGCAAGAACUAUCAUGGCGGCCGGACCUUUUAGUCUGUUUGGGACAGUCUUCUUGUUGGCGGCGACGUUUCAGUUCCCCUCAUGUUCGUGGGCUUCAGAAACGCCCGGCGGCGGUGGCGGGGAUGCUCUGGGCGCCGGGGAGCGGUUUAAGAUCGAAGGUCGCGCGGUGGUGCCGGGAGUGAAGCCCCAAGACUGGAUUGCGGGCGCCCGAGUGCUGGUGGACGGAGAGGAGCACGUCGGCUUCCUCAAGACAGAUGGAAGUUUUGUAGUUCACGAUAUUCCUUCUGGAUCAUAUGUUGUUGAAGUUAUAUCUCCAGCUUAUAAAUUUGAACCAGUACGAGUAGAUAUUACUUCAAGAGGAAAAAUGAGAGCAAGAUACGUGAAUUAUAUCAAAACAUCAGAAGUUGUUCGAUUGCCAUAUCCUCUUCAAAUGAAAUCUUCGGGGCCUCCUUCAUAUUUUAUAAAGAGAGAGUCUUGGGGAUGGACUGACUUUUUAAUGAAUCCCAUGGUUAUGAUGAUGAUCCUUCCAUUGCUAAUCUUUGUAUUAUUACCCAAAGUUGUCAAUACAAGUGAUCCUGACAUGAGGCGGGAAAUGGAGCAAUCCAUGAAUAUGUUGAAUUCUAACCAUGAGCUGCCUGAUGUGUCAGAGUUCAUGACAAGACUUUUCUCUUCAAAAUCUUCCAGCAAGUCUACUGGCAGUAGCAGUAAAAUAGGAAAAAGUGGUGCAGGAAAAAGAAGGUAGUUGCUUCUUUUCCUGGAACCACAAUUUGCACAGCUCUGUGAUGUGUUACCAUCUGGAUGUUCUGUGAAAGAACAGAAAGCCACUACUGUAACCUUAAUUCAGUUUGAAUUUUGAAAGGAUACAACUGUAGCUUUUUAAUCUAUUUAAGUACCUUGUUCUUGAAAUACCCGGGAGCAUCACUUCUGUCUAAAAUAUGUAAGGUCAGUACUGAUGAUAAUUUAACUCCUUUGUAGAAAUGACAUUAAAGAAUUUAAAUUAUGUGCAAUAUAUUAAUGAUUCUUAAACAAUACAUCACUGUAAAUAAUUUGAUUUUAAGAAAUAGAAAACAUUCUUUAAUAAUGGCAGUGGUAUAAUUGUGCAUUUCUUGAUAUUCAACACAAUGAAUUGCUAGCUGGAAAAAUAUUUUUUUCAUCAGUUGCAGAUGUUUUCUUCCAGAAUCUUAGUUUAACUUCCUAUUUGAUUCAUUCCCAAAUUUACUUAAUAUUUUUUCUGUGGAAUGCUUUGACAUUUCUCAUUAUUUAAACCUUAUUUUGGAAAAGUCCCAGUGAUGAAAGACAUGUUCCUCUAUUAAUCUUACUUUUAAAAAGAAUUCCAUAAGUACCUUGUGUUGUAAACUGUAAACGAUAAUACAGUUCUGUGCAGGUAUAAGUAAAGAGAGCUGAUUACUUGACAGUUUGUCACUAUAAACUUAUAAUACAAGGCUAAUGGAAUCGGUUUUCAUGUUACUAACAUCUGAAGAAUGGAGAUACACUUGAAUAGCAGUUAUGUAUUGAGUACAAUAUUAAUACAGAGCUGAUUUAUGUAAUGAUUAGGUUUUAACUCCCUCCCUGUUCUCUAUAAAAUAACCUAGAAGCUUAUAUCUAUUGUAUGAUUUUUAUAGUCAAGAUUAGAGAAAGUUUCAGGAAAAACAGUGAUGCCUACUUUGUAUCUAAGAGGAAAUAAUUUAUGCUAGAUUUGUUUUGUUUUAUUGGUAGGUGCAAUGCAUGAUAAUUAGACAUUUAUUGAAAGGCAAAAGCCACUAGUUUGCCACAGAAACACCUUUGCCCAUAGAACUAUUGUAUUUUUUGGAGUACAAGACGCACUGGAGUAUAAGACACACCAAGAUUUUGAAGAGGCAAAUU